AGACACGAGACCAGCAGUAGACCACGGAGGCGGAGGGCGAUGGCGAAGAGCGGCACGGAGGAGUGGCGCCGGAACGCGGACACGCACAAGAUGAGCCCGGAGGAGGUGCGCGCAGCCGGCGUGGAGGCGUCGAUGCGGCCCCCGGGCCGCGGGCCAGGGGAAGUGCUGCACCAGCGCCGCGGCGGGCUGCCGUACGGGCCGGGCGCCAUGGCGCUCGUCGGCCUCGGCAUCGUCGGCGUCAUCGGCUACCUCGUGCUGUACCAGAAGGCCAGGCCCGGCGUGCCCGCCACCGAGGUGGCCAAGGUGGCCGUCGGCCACGGGGACCCCGCCGCCGAUCGUCGUGACCCCGAGAAGCGCCCCGAGGGCGCGCGCCAAGGGAAGUAGAGGUGCAGCAGGUCCGUGGUAGGUAGCUGUGACAGCGAGCCCCCACAUGGGGGCGGUAGUUUUGUUUGUGUUCAGCUCUGUGUUUUGCUGCUCUGUUUUGCAGCUUUUGUCGAGGACCUAGAGUUUUUGCGUUGCAAAAGACUAGUAGAUCGAAGAAUAAGAUUUCAGAUUUAUGUUACAUUGUUACUCGGUUACAACUGGUUGACAUAAAUCUUGUA